AUGUCUCCCGCUCUUGCCCAAGCCGGCUCCGGCGCUGCCGCUAAGGAUGUUAAGAAGGAGUCCGCGACUGCUCGUCUCCUCGGAUCCGGCUCCGCUGGUAUCGCUGAGUUGCUGGUUUUCCAUCCCGUCGAUACCACCGCUAAGCGGUUGAUGAGCAACCAGACAAGGAUCACCUCCGUUACCGGUUUCAACCAGGUUGUCUUCAAGGAGUACGCCAAUGCCUCCGUUGGCCGCAAGUUCACCUCGCUCUUCCCUGGUUUGGGUUAUGCUGCUGGUUACAAGGUCCUACAACGUAUCUACAAGUACGGCGGUCAGCCUUUCGCUCGGGAUUACCUGGCUAAGCACCACGGUUCUUCUUUCGAUGCUACCUUCGGAAAGGGCAAUGGGAAGGCUAUCAUGCACGCUUUCGCCGGCAGCUUGGUCGGUAUCGGAGAAAUUAUUCUUCUGCCCCUGGACGUCUUGAAGAUUAAGCGUCAGACCAACCCCGAGGCCUUCCGCGGCCGUGGUCUCUUCAAGAUCAUCGCCGAUGAGGGUAUGGGUCUGUACCGUGGUGCUGGUUGGACCGCUGCUCGCAAUGCCCCCGGUUCCUUUGCUCUUUUCGGUGGUUCCGCUUUCGCCAAGGAAUAUAUCUACCACUUGACCGACUACAACAAGGCCACCUGGGGCCAGAAUUUCGUUGCCUCCGUUGCUGGUGCUAGUGCCUCGCUGAUCGUCUCGGCUCCCCUUGACGUGAUCAAGACCCGGAUCCAGAACCGCAACUUCGACAACCCCGAGGGUGGAUUCAAGAUCGUAUCUAAGAUGCUCAAGAACGAGGGCCCGCUCAGUCUGUUCAAGGGAUUGGUUCCCAAGCUCCUGAUGACCGGACCCAAGCUGGUCUUCAGCUUCUGGCUGGCACAGACUCUGAUUCCUGCAUUUGGACAGGUUGUAUAG